AUGCUGCGCUCUUCAAUUGCUCCGGGCCGGCAGCUGCUGUCGUCUCCCGCUCGCCAACGGAUUCCGUCGCAAUGGCUGUCCAAGGCCGGUGCUAGCAGCCGGUUCUCAGGUCAGCGAUUCUUCGCUGACUCCAAACCCCCUACCACCGACGGCCUGACCCCCGCUACCCCUUCCUCCCAAUCGAUCGUUCCUCCAGAGACCCCGAAGCCCACGGAACAAGAAGCUAAGAUUCCCGAAGCGGCACCCCGCAAGACCGGUCGUUUCCGCCGAUUUCUGCUCUACUUGAUCCUUACCUCCGGGAUCGCCUAUGGCGGCAGCAUUUAUAUGGCCCUGAAGUCUGACAACUUCCACGACUUCUUCACCGAGUACAUCCCAUAUGGCGAGGAGUGUGUCCUCUACUUCGAGGAGCGUGACUUCUACCGCCGGUUCCCUAAUGCCUCGAGAGACUCGAAUCGUCUCCCAGCUCCUCCCCGCGAGGAGGGCAAGUCGGUGACUAUCCCUAGCAAGAGCGGCCUGUCCUGGACGGUCGCCAAGGCGGAGGAGUCUGGAAGCGAUGUCUCCAAGAGCGGACCUCACAUGAGCUCCAAGUCCUAUGAUGCUCAGACCAAGACCGAGGCGGCUAAGCCCGAGGACCGGAACGUCGCUGUCAUGAAGGCCAAGGAAGACAAGGCCUCCAAGUCGGCUAAGAAGGAGGCCAAGCCCGCUACGAAGGAGGAACACAAGCCCGUUUCUCUCGAUGAGCCCCGCCAGCCCGCGGUUGCUGCCAGCACCAUUGAGCUGCUGCAGAUCAAGGAGGGCGAUGAGGCCGUUGUGCAGGAGCUAGUCAAGACCUUCAACGACAUUGUCACUGUGAUUAGCGCUGAUGAGAACUCCAGCAAGUACUCUGCGCCUGUCUCAAAGGCCAAGGAGGAGCUUCUGAAGAUCGGCGAGAAAAUCUCGGCUCUCCGGGAUGAGGCCAAGCAGGCCGCCCAGGAGGAAAUCAACAAGGCCCACGCCACUUUUGACGACUCAGCCCGAGAACUGAUCCGCCGGUUCGAGGAUAUGCGUGCUGCCGAGGUUGCUCAGUUCCGCGAGGAGUUCGAGGCUGAGCGUGAGAAGCUCGCUCUGGCUUACCAGGACAAGAUCAAGUUCGAGCUUCUUCGUGCUCAAGAACUUGCCGAGCAGCGCUUGAAGAACGAGCUCGUGGAACAGGCCAUUGAGCUGAACCGGAAAUAUAUCCACGAGGUCAAGGACCUCGUCGAGCGAGAGCGCGAGGGUCGUCUCAGCAGGUUGAACGAGCUUACUGCGAACAUCUCCGAGCUCGAGAGUCUGACUACCGGCUGGAGCAGCGUUAUCGACACCAACCUGAAGACCCAGCAGCUUCAGGUCGCUGUGGAUGCCGUCCGCUCCGUUGUUGAGCGUUCAGACUCGUCCCGCCCCUUCGUCCGCGAGCUUGUUGCCGUUAAAGAGCUGGCCGCUGAUGACCCCGUCGUCGAUGCCGCUAUUGCCUCCAUCAACCCGACUGCUUACCAGCGCGGUAUUCCCUCGCCCACUCAGAUUAUUGAGCGCUUCCGCCGGGUCGCGAGCGAGGUUCGUAAGGCCAGCCUUCUGCCCGAGGAUGCUGGUAUUGCCAGCCACGCCGCCAGCCUGGUUUUAAGCAAGGUCAUGUUCAAGAAGGAUGGUCUUGCCGAUGGUGAUGACGUUGAGAGCAUUCUCGUUCGCACCGAGAACCUACUCGAGGAGGGCAACAUUGACGCAGCUGCCCGUGAGAUGAACGGCCUCCAGGGCUGGGCUAAGAUUCUCAGCAAGGAUUGGCUGGGUGAUGUUCGUCGGGUCCUUGAGGUCAAGCAGGCUCUCGAGGUAAGCUUCUCGAUUAUUUGA